AUGGACAAUUUGUCAAAUUUUGAUGAAAACUGUGAUGCUGGUUAUCAGCCUUCAGCUUCCUCUGUAGAUCAGAAUGAUAAUCCCACUGGGUACUCCACGUUGAGUAGUGAUUCUUUUGCCUACUGCCGGACUAACUCAGAGGCCUCAAAUUUCUCAGAACCUGUUGAUGACAAUUGCUCUGCUAGCGAGCCCUCACCUUCUUGGUGUCUCUCUGCGAAACCCAGUGCUAAUCAAGCAGUUCUUUCAAGGCUUGGGAUAAAGCUGGGCAGGCAUUCAUUGGAUAAUAAACUUGAAGACCUGGAUCUCUUGGAAUCAGAGCUUGAAAUGAUGAAGGAAUUUGCAAAGCUUCUUCUUGGGGAAGAUAUGUCAGGCGGUGAAGGUGUCUGCACUGCUGUUACAAUCUCAAAUGCUAUUACCAACCUUUAUGCUACUGUUUUUGGACAAAACUUGAAGUUGGAGCCUCUGAAACCUGAGAAGAAGGCUAUGUGGAGUAGGGAAAUGAAAUGUCUUCUAUCAGUGUGUGAUUACAUAGUAGAAUUUGCCCCAACUGCACAGUAUUUAGAUGGCACCAUAAUAGAGAUGAUGACCAGUAGACCAAGGUCAGAUAUUUACAUCACCCUUCCAGCGCUGCAGAAGCUUGACACAAUGCUCAUAGAAAUGCUAGAUAGUUUCCAGGAUACUGAAUUUUGGUAUGCAGAGCAAGGAAGCAUAUUGGGGAAUUCUAUGCAUUCUCGUGUAGGCUCAUUUCGAAAGAUUGUUCAGAGAAAUGAUGAGAAGUGGUGGUUGCCGGUUCCUUGUGUUCCCCGCAGUGGCCUCUCUGACAAUUCAAGGAAAUACUUGAAAGCAAAACGGGAUUGCGCUAAUCAGGUUCAUAAAGCAGCCAUGGCUAUAAAUAGUAGUAUUCUCGCAGAGAUGGAUAUUCCAGAAUCGUAUAUGGCCAGUCUUCCCAAGAGUGGAAGAGCUAGUAUUGGAGAUUCAAUUUAUCGCUAUCUUCAUACAGCAGACAAAUUCUCAGCUGACAAUCUUCUUGACUGCCUCAAAAUAAGUUCUGAACAUGAAGCACUCCAGCUAGCAGAUCGAGCCGAAGCAUCAAUGUACACAUGGAGGCGUAAAGCUUGUCUGAGCCAUUCGAAGUCAUCAUGGAGCAAGGUAAAGGACCUGAUGUCGGAUACAGACCUGAGUGACAAAAACUAUAUAUUAGCUGAGAGAACCGAGACUCUAUUUUAUUGCUUGAAACAAAGAUAUCCUGAGCUUUCUCAGACUUCCUUGGACACAUGCAAGAUUCAAUACAACCGGGAUGUAGGGAAAGCAAUAUUAGAGAGCUACUCAAGAGUGCUAGAAAGCCUAGCAUUCAACGUUGUUGCUUGGAUUGAUGAUGUUCUUUAUGCAGAUAAAUCAGUGAGGAACCAAGAUGUAUAGAAAUCCCAAAUGGGGUUAUCAGCUGCUUUCAGCAUCUCUGCUCUCAUGUUCAACAUUUUUUUUAUUUGUUUGUCACAGGCUUAGAAGAAUCAGUGCAUCAUACAUUGAUAUUUGUAUGAGAUGCUUUCCCAUGCAAAUGUAUGCAGCUUAGUUGUUAAUUGUACUA